AUUGAUGAAAGGGCAAAAGUUAAAUGUAUUAAUUAUUGAUUACCUUAAAAGCUUUACAAAUAGGAAAUUUCUAUAGUUUUUUAGAGGCCUGUUCAAGUAUCACCUCCAUCCACUCCAGAAGAAAUCUAUACAAUACAGCCAAAGGGAAGUCGAAACGCCUUCAAUAAAAGGAGCACGAAUAUAGAAUCAAGCAGCUCAAACUAAUUAAAAAAUUAUCAAGACAAUAACAUUAUUAAUUCACCUUAGUUUCCAAAAAGUCAGUCUCCAAAAAGGCUAUGCGGAUUAUAUGUUUCUCCUUUGAAAUUAAAGAGAAAUACUUUCGAUAAAAUUGAGAGUCCAAUUUAAAUACGGUUACCAAAUAGAAGGGCAACUAAACUAUGUACUAAGGUUUUGCAAAAAUAUAAAAAUAAGUAUUUUGUAUGA